AUGACAGAUGACAGAAAUACUAUGCUGUACAUUCUUGAGGAACCUCAGAUGCGAAGAGAAGGCGAGAGGCUUCGAACAUUUCAGAGCUGGCCAACGGAUGCUCCUGUUACAUGUGGAGAUCUGGCCAAGGCGGGAUUCUUCUUUCUUGGUCCAGGAGAUAAAGUCCAGUGUUUCUGCUGUGGUGGUGUUCUAAGAUGCUGGGUACAAGGAGACAGCCCGGCUGCCGAGCACAAGCGGCAUUUCCCCACUUGCAGCUUCAUACUGGGCCGAGCUGUGGGGAACAUUCCACUGCUGAGCGGCUCUCCUGACUCGGUGGACGGACAGCUGUUGAGUCAACUUCAGAGGUUGACAAUGGAUGACCAGGGGACUGCAGGACAAGCAGUCUACCCAGAGAUGGAGGGGGAGGAUUCCCGACUCAAUACCUUCCACAACUGGCCUACGGAGUCCUCAGUUCAGCCGGAUGUUCUUGCCAGGGCUGGAUUUUUCUACACAGGUCACGGCGACAAUGUCAAGUGCUUCUACUGCGAUGGGGGGCUGAGGAACUGGGAGCCGGGAGAUGACCCCUGGCAGGAACACGCAAAGUGGUUCCCACGGUGUGAAUUUCUAGUCCAAUCAAGAGGACAGGAAUAUAUUAACAACAUCCAGGACGCUCAUUUCCAUCUGGGCGAGACUGUGGUUGGCUCACAGGCAUCCACGGGCCGAGAAAUUGGCUCCAGAAAUGGAGUGGUCGGUGGUUUGGCAGCGUCAUCUGUCAUGCUCUCCCCAGUGGUGCAGAGUGUAAUCCAAAUGGGCUUUGAAGCCAGCCUGGUAGAGAGUCUGGUCCAGACCAAAUACCUUUUGACUGGCCAACACUACUUGCAUGUGUCUGACCUGGUCUGUGAUGUGCUACAUGCCGAGGAGGAAGACAGACAGAGAAGGCCACAGAGCAGAGAGCAUGAUGGGAGGCUACGCCCUGGUGCUGGGGACGUGAGGACACUAUCACCACUGGGAGAGAAAGAGAGGGAGCCCAGUCCCGAAGAGCUUUUGCGGCAGCUACAGGAGGAGAGGACUUGCAAGGUCUGCAUGGACAAGCUGGUAUCCAUUGUGUUCAUCCCCUGUGGUCAUCUGGUGGUGUGUGGUGACUGCGCUGCUAGCCUGCGUCACUGCCCCAUCUGCAGAGCCGUAAUCAGAGGCAGUGUUCGUGCCUUCAUGUCCUGA